UACUUAGCACAACUAACCAUGACUGCACAUGAAGUCAACCAGUUGUGACCUGAAAACAGCUUUUGUUUUCUACUUCCAAAAAAAUUAAAAUAAUAGUCAUUCGAUUUUCUAAAAUCCAAAUUCGUAUUCACCUUAGCAAACAUCUCUCUCUUUCUAUCAGUAACGCUCUGCCGCUGAAUGAUUGAUUGAUUUUCUGGGACUUACUGCAGUCGACAAAUCUCACCACAGGAUUUUCAAAAUUUACUUUGUUUCGAUCGCUUAUUACUUAAUCACUCCGAGGAAGCUUGACGGGUCUUUUAAAAGUUGUAGAAUCAAAGGAAUGUGAUCUUGUUUUUCGGUAAGUUUCCCAAAGUUUCAGUUAUUCGAAAGUUGCUUUGUUGCAAAAAAAAAUCGAAUGGGAGAAGGAGAAGAAAACGAAGCAGAAUCAAAUGAGAGAUCCUUGGCUUUAUCUCCCACUUGGUCUGUUGCUCUAGUCUUGACUGUCUUCGUCCUCGUUUCUCUCAUCGUUGAACGCUCCAUCUAUCGUCUUAGCACUUGGUUGAGGAAGACAAAGAGGAAACCUUUAUUUGCUGCUUUGGAGAAGAUGAAAGAAGAGUUGAUGCUGCUUGGCUUCAUAUCACUUCUUCUUACAGCUACAUCUAGCACAAUAGCCAAUAUCUGUGUCCCAUCAAGUUUCUACAACGUCAGAUUCGUUCCUUGUACACGUUCUGAGAUUAAGGAGGAACUUGAAAACGAAUCAUCUGUCCAGAGAAAUCUGUUGACCAAAUCCUUCUUUUUCAGCAUAUUUAGGAGAAGAAAGCUGGAGGAAGGCAUUCACCGUGCUACUUGCACCGAGGGGCAUGAGCCGUUUGUUUCAUACGAAGGCUUAGAACAGUUACAUCGCUUCAUCUUUAUAAUGGCGGUUACACAUGUUACCUACAGCUGCUUGACCAUGCUCCUGGCCAUCGUCAAGAUUCAUAGUUGGAGGAUCUGGGAAGAUGUAGCUCGCAUGGAUCGACAUGAUUGCUUAACUGUGACAAGAGAAAAAGUAUUACGAAGGCAGACAACCUUUGUUCAGUAUCAUACAUCUGCUCCUCUGGCCAAAAACAGAUUGCUUAUAUGGGUGACAUGUUUCUUCAGGCAAUUCGGACAUUCUGUUGUUCGUUCUGACUACCUUACUCUCCGGAAAGGAUUCAUUGUGAAUCACCACCUCACAUUAAAGUACGAUUUUCACAGCUACAUGAUUCGCUCUAUGGAGGAAGAAUUUCAAAGGAUCGUUGGUGUAAGUGGGCCGCUUUGGGGGUUCGUAGUUGCUUUCAUGCUCUUCAACAUUAAAGGAUCAAAUCUCUAUUUCUGGAUAGCAAUCAUACCUGUAACUCUUGUACUUCUGGUUGGUACCAAGCUGCAACAUGUAAUAGCAACUUUGGCAUUGGAGAAUGCUGGCUUAACAGAAUAUCCUUCCGGAGUUAAGCUGAGACCUAGAGAUGAACUCUUUUGGUUCAAUAAACCAGAACUACUCUUGUCCCUUAUCCACUUCAUUCUAUUCCAGAAUUCAUUUGAACUGGCUUCAUUCUUCUGGUUCUGGUGGCAGUUUGGUUACAACUCUUGCUUCCUAAAGAAUCAUCUCCUUGUCUACUUCCGACUUACUUUAGGGUUUGCUGGACAGUUUCUAUGCAGCUACAGCACACUGCCACUAUAUGCAUUGGUCGCUCAGAUGGGAACGAACUAUAAAGCGGCUCUGAUACCUCAGAGGAUAAGAGACACGAUUAAAGGUUGGGGAAAAGCUACUAGAAAGAAAAGAAGACAUGGUUAUUACGGCGAUGAUUCCACUGUUAGAACAGAAACAAGCACGGUUGCAUCUCUUGAAGAAUAUGACCAUCAAGUGCUUGAUGUUGUUGAAACUUAUCCACAACAACGAGGACAGAAAGGUGUUGAGCUUGAGUUACAGCCAGUCCAACCUCGUAAUGCUUCUGCUUCUGUACCUAAUGAAUCUUCAAGUAGAGUUGGAACGCCUCUUCUUCGAUCUUGUGUCUCUAUUUCUUCAGCAACGACCCCAGAGCUAAGAACAGAUCCUAUGGAGACACUCUCGAGAUCAUCUUCAUUGCCAUUGAGAAGAGAAUGAUAUAUAUAUAUACACUCAUUAAAAUAAGCUGAGUUGGACGAUUGGUUUAGAGGAAUAUAAGUUUGUAGGAGUAUUUUCAGUAGAAACAUGUAUAACAAGCUUACAUAAUCGCAUGUACCACGUCUAUCAAUAUUAGGAAGUCACAAUGAACCCGGACAUGAUUAA